GUCUGGAACGAUCGCGAACAUCCGGGCUUAGUGGACCCCACGCAAGCUUUCGUCUUCUGCUCAAACAUCGCCGAUCUCUUCACGCACUUUUUUGUGAUAUUCUUGUCGCCGCCCGUCUUUGAGAUCGAGAUCGCUCAAGCCUUGAUGAUCAGCGCAUACCAGAUGCUGGCAUCGCUUGUCAACUACGACCGCUACCAAAGCUUCGAGUCGUUUUGCCAAAGACGCUUUCGAUGUGGGUCGCCCGUCCUCGGCAUGCACUUGAUUAGGAACUUCCACGACUGGAUCCCAUGGAGUCUCCGCCUCCUAGACUUCUGGAGUCGCCA